CUGACCCCAAUGUCCCCAUGUCCCAGCUGGGGUCCCCCACGGCGCUGGCGGACGCUGUCACCGAGGGGCGGCUGCGGGCGGCGGCGGCGCGCGGGGGCCACACCCUGUAUGUGCCCAGGGGGGCCCUGUGGGGCUGCGAGGACAUCGCCCGGAUGGACAGCGCGGGGACGCUGCAGGCGCUGAAGGUGACAAUGACGAAGGCCCCCGGCAGUUUCCGCGCGCAGGGCUGGCUGUCCCCGCGCGUGGCGGCCGCGGUGGCCUCGGGGACGCGGGCCGUGCUGUACCAGGGUCCCCUGCGGCCGCUCUGUCCCCUCGUCCCCAACAACGUCAACAGCAUGGCGGCGGCCGCGGUGGCAGCGCCGCGCCUCGGCUUCGACGGCGUCACCGCCUGCCUGGUGGCCGACCCCAGUGUCCCCGACUGCCACAUCAUCGAUGUCGAGGUCACCGCUGUCCCCGAGGGCGGCCGCGCCCUCACCGUCACCAGCACCCGCCGCAACCCCGCCGAGCCCGGCCACGUCACGGGCAGCGCCACCCGCCACAGCUUCUGGAGCAGCGUGCAGGCCUGCACCGGACACGGCGGCUGCGUCAAGCUCUGCUGAGGAGGAGCAGCGGAAACGCCCGCGGGGACAAUUUUGGGACAAUCUGGGGACAUUUUGGGGACAAUAAAUCGAGGUCCAGGCCUAGAAGUG